AUGGACUGCAUCCUGGGCAUCGGCGGGGCCCACAUGGUUGCCCUCGAUCCCGGUGCUCGACAUGUGGAGGUAGCCACCCGCGGUCACUAUGCACGUGUCUUGUCCGGGCUGCAGAAAGUUCUUGCCGGUGAAGUGACGCCUUAUUUUGGGAGUGGCAAGGAGGAGAAGGCCCACAUACACAAGGAGAUGUAA